GUAAAAUCUAAGAUGGCGGCCGUGGGAGCGUCGGGCAGCUCGACGACGACGGGAGGCGGCGGCAGCGCGGGGUCGGCCUCGUCAUCUUCCUCGUCUGCCGCCGCCGCCGCUCCGUCGCAGCCGCCUCCGUCGCAGCCGGCGGGGGCGAGCGGGGCCGAGGCCAGCACGGCCGCGGCGACGACCACCACCACCACCACGACGAGCGCGACCCCCAGCAGCACGGGCGGCGGCGGCGGCGGCGGCGGCGGCUCCUCGGCGUCGUCGUCGUCCUCCUCAGCGGCGUCGGGUGUAGGCGGCUCGUCGUCAGGGGCGUCGGAGUCGUGGUACGUGGCGCUGCUGGGCCUGGCCGAGCAUUUCCGCACGUCCAGCCCGCCCAAGGUGCGCCUCUGCGUCCAUUGCCUCCAGGCCGUGCUGCCCCGCAAGCCCCCCGCCCGCGUCGAGGCCCGCACCCACCUCCAGCUCGGCUCCGUCCUCUACCACCACACGCGCAACGGAGAGCAGGCCCGGGGGCACCUCGAGAAGGCGUGGUUGAUAUCACAGCAAAUUCCUCAGUUUGAAGAUGUCAAGUUUGAAGCAGCCAGCCUCCUGUCUGAGCUAUAUUGUCAAGAGAACUCUGUCGAUGCAGCAAAGCCAUUGCUACGUAAGGCCAUCCAGAUUUCACAGCAGACUCCAUACUGGCACUGCCGCCUCCUCUUCCAGCUUGCACAACUUCACACACUUGAAAAAGACUUGGUGUCAGCUUGUGAUCUUCUGGGAGUUGGAGCAGAAUAUGCCCGUGUGGUAGGGUCGGAAUAUACAAGAGCAUUGUUUCUACUCAGUAAAGGCAUGCUGCUUCUCAUGGAGAGGAAGCUGCAGGAGGUGCACCCACUUCUGACUCUCUGUGGGCAGAUAGUGGAGAACUGGCAGGGAAACCCCAUCCAGAAGGAGUCGCUGCGGGUGUUCUUCUUGGUGCUACAGGUGACGCACUAUCUGGAUGCUGGACAAGUGAAGAGCGUCAAGCCGUGCCUGAAGCAGCUUCAGCAGUGCAUCCAGACUAUCUCAACACUCCACGACGACGAGAUCCUCCCCAGCAACCCUGCAGAUCUCUUCCAUUGGCUGCCAAAGGAACACAUGUGUGUGCUGGUCUACUUGGUGACGGUGAUGCACUCCAUGCAAGCCGGGUAUUUGGAGAAGGCUCAGAAGUACACUGACAAAGCGCUCAUGCAGCUGGAGAAACUCAAAAUGCUGGACUGCAGCCCUAUCUUAUCAUCCUUCCAAGUUAUCUUGCUAGAGCAUAUCAUCAUGUGCCGCCUUGUCACAGGGCACAAAGCUACAGCAUUGCAGGAGAUCUCUCAGGUUUGCCAGCUCUGCCAACAGUCUCCCAGGCUCUUUUCUAACCAUGCGGCUCAGCUACAUACUCUUCUGGGGCUGUAUUGCAUUUCUGUCAACUGCAUGGACAAUGCAGAAGCGCAGUUCACCACAGCACUCCGGCUUACCACCCAUCAGGAGUUGUGGGCAUUCAUCGUGACAAAUUUGGCAAGUGUCUACAUCAGGGAGGGCAACCGGCAUCAAGAGCUUUACAGUUUGUUGGAAAGGAUAAAUCCUGAUCACAACUUCCCUGUCAGCUCCCACUGCCUGCGAGCUGCUGCCUUCUACAUCCGAGGACUCUUCUCCUUUUUCCAGGGGAGGUACAAUGAAGCCAAACGUUUCUUGCGGGAGACGUUGAAAAUGUCAAAUGCAGAAGACCUGAACCGCUUAACAGCCUGCUCCCUUGUUCUCCUGGGUCACAUCUUUUAUGUAUUGGGGAAUCAUAGGGAGAGUAAUAACAUGGUGGUCCCAGCCAUGCAGCUCGCCAGCAAAAUCCCAGACAUGUCUGUGCAGCUGUGGUCUUCAGCUCUCUUGAGGGAUCUGAACAAGGCCUGUGGGAAUGCAAUCGAAGCCCAUGAAGCAGCACAGAUGCACCAGAACUUCUCCCAGCAGCUGCUCCAGGACCACAUUGAGGCUUGUAGCCUUCCAGAGCACAACCUCAUCACGUGGACAGAUGGAUCGCCUCCUGUACAGUUUCAGGCACAAAACGGACCCACCACCAGCCUGGCGAGCCUGUUGUGAAAGAGUAACACAUCGUCUGAAAAGGAGAUGGCUUUCCUUGCGUGAAGCUUUUUUACAUGAUGGACGGGCAGAGAAUCCCUCUUCUAAUGGAAUUUCUCUAGAAUUCCUCUUCUAGAACUUUGCAGAAGAUGCGCUGGGAGCACAUUUCAGAGACUUGCCAAUGUGAUGCAGGCUUUCGAAGCUCUUAAGAUUUCUGUGUGAAAGUGUAUCACCUGGGUUGUAUGCGUGUGUUGGCAUGUAGUGUUGUGAGAGGUGUGAGGGGGCUUUCAGUGCAUCCCCUUCCUAUUGCUCAGAAUUAGGUUUUACAUUAUUCAGAGAAGGAGCUCCUUCAGUUGGGCUUUAUCUUAGCAUUAUCUUUUUUUUAUAUAAAGAAAACACCCUCUAAUAAUGAAGGAAAGACCCUGUAUUAGUACAAAGGGGGGGUUAAAAUUAAAACCAUCCCUGAAAAUCCCACAAGAUUGUUCUUUAACUUUUGCUCUGUUGCCCUGUUUGUGCCUGAAGGUGUUAGAUCAUUUCUCAUUGAAGCUGGCUGUUGGAAAAGUCCCAAGAUUGAUGACUAAUCAGUAUUAGCUGCUGGCUGAUGCAGGCUGCCUGCUUACAGUCCAUGUAUCCGUGGCUGCCUUUCACAUGGGAACUGGUGCUAUGGACUUCUGAAAAGAGCAGUGCAUAGAGGGCCAAAAGAGAGGAAGCUCCUACUUCUUUGUGGUGUUUCAGAGAGUCUUCACUCUGUAUUCUUGAGGGGAGUGGCCAGAACGGAGUCCAGAGAGAAGCAGGUCUUAAGAUAAUCUGACCCCCCACCAUAACCUUUUCUUCCUGAGUACGAAACCUCAAUGUCCUGAAAGUUUCUGCUUUUUAUCAAGAACAGGUUCCUAUUUUUUUCUUGUUGUGAAGAUAUGCUUGAAAGUGUGUUGGGCAGCAGCGCUUGAAGCCUUGGAAGUCAGAGGGGAGACUGGAAAAGGUUAAUUGAGGUGAGCUUUGGUGUCCAGUCACACUUCUUGCCAUAACCAGCAAAACCAGCAUAGUAAAAACGGCAGGAUGUAGCUUGCAGAAUGAGAGAAAUGCAGACAUAACUCUGUUUGCAUAAAUUGCAUUACUGAAUUCAGCGGGGGGUUAGGGCAAAAUGUUUUUAAAAAUUUGCACAGUAUAGAUAUAGCCUUGCUUGCUGUUUUUAACAGAGUUCCUAAUCAUGGAUUAGCAUUAAGAAAUUUGAUCAUGUGAAAACAGUGGUUAGCCCCUUGCUUCACCGCAAGUUUGUUCUCCCCCCGCCCCCCUUUGCUUUGAAAUUCCCACAGGAAGAAAUAGCUUGCUGUGCAUGGAGGGGAGUAUAGCUGGGAAGAAAUUUGAAGUAAUUGUGGUGGGGGAGACAGUUAAUGUGAAUCAAGAGAUGAGGACCCCUUGGAUUUAGCCACAACCCCAGGAUGACUGAACUUUGAUUGGGAUGUAUGCUAGUAUAGAUCAUGUUCAUUCACAAAUAUAGGAAUAAUGCCGUAGCUGCUUUAGUACACCCCAGCUGGAAGCAGUUCAUGUCUGUUUGUUCUUGUCAUUGCUGACUAGAGAGAGGUCUUUACAUGGAGAAGAGAAACAAAGUGUCUCUCUUCAGAUUCAAGUAAUAGGCUGUCCCUUGAUGGUACUUGACCGGUGGGUCAGUCCUAACACUUGACAAAUGCAUGCGCAGAAUUAUGGCGCCAUUCACAAAACCAUCAAUGGUCAAGGCCCUUCCUGUCACCAUACGUUGGGCUUAAUGUCAGGGUGCUCUUUUCUGUCAGCCAGGGCAGUAGUCUUCAGUCUUCCUCACCUCACUAGCUGCAUGUGCAUGACAGAAAUCUUAUGUAACAUCAUCCUCAUGGGAUGAGAAGAGCAGGGGCUAGAAUUAUGACCUCACUGGUUUUCAAGUCAGGAGCAAGAGUGCUGGGGACAGGAAAAUCAAGCUGGGCAUCAGGAGGUGUAGAAGGAACAAGCCACAGGUCAGAGCCAUGGAGGAGUCUUAUCCACCACUAAGUGAUCUCACCUUGCCAUACAGCUGCUGCUGUCAGCGUGCAUGCAAAAAGAGGGGAAAGAGAAAUGGCACACUUGCUGUGUCUAGCAGCAGGGUCUUCCAAAUGACAGCCUAAAAACAUCUCAUCUGUAGAGGCUCUAUAUCCCAACUUGGGGGGGGGGGGUCUUUUGAGGAGAGAGGUUUGGCCUUGGCUGAAUUGGAAGAUGCCUCCCAGCCUUUCUCCUGUUUCUGUAGCAAAUGGUCACAAGAUCCAGGCCUGCCUCGCUGCACUGGUCCUGUCUGAUACUGCUUGGCCUUUGUUUUCCUUGCUGGGCAAAUAACUCUGUUCUCUCCCCCCACCUAGGACCUUGGAAAGAUAAAAAGGGGUGUAGGGUCUCAUGGGCCACAUCAAGUUGCCUUGCGGUUUUUCCACUGCCACCAGUUGGCCAUGCCUGCCACAGUACAUCUCCUGUUGCCUUCCUGCCCCAAGUCCCCUGCCUCUGCUGCCCUGUGCCCCAGCCUCCCUCCCUCCCCUGAAAGCCUCGUUUCUGUGUGGGCGGGUGAAUGUAGUGUGGGUUUUGCACUGUUAGAAUGUGGUGUCUGCCAGUUUGGCCAAGACCACCUGCUUCACACUUCCCUCGCUUGUGAAAUUCUCCUAUAUGAAACAGCUCUUUUAUUAAUGUACUUUUUAAAAAAAAAUUGUGUACUUUAGUAAAUUUGUACAGUGUCUUUUAGCCUUUUCAAGAAACGUUUAAUCUUUUCCUAUAGAUAACGUGCAAACAUAAAAACGUUGCAUAGGGACACUGGUUAUUUGUCUUUAUUUUAGCAAAGUGCAUUUUGAGUAAUCAAGCAGAGAGAGAGCUUCCAUUUGAUGGGCAGUAUUUUUUACUGUGAUGAUCAUGCAGAAAAGGUGCAAAAUAUGGCAUUGAUCACAAAAUUCAGCUUCCCAAGGAACUUUUCUGUUGUGUGUGUUUUUUUUAAGUUGCUAGCAUUAUGGCAGACAAGAUUAAACUGAGACAGCCAGUUUGGUGUAGUAGUUAAGAGUGCAGGAUUCUAAUCUGGAGAACUGGGUUUGAUUCCUCACUCCUCCACUUGAAGCCAGAUGGGUGACCUUGGGUCAGUCACAGCUUCUAGCUCUCUCAGCCCCAUCCACCUCACAGGGUGAUUAUUGUUGUGGGGAUAAUAAUGACAUACUUUGUAAACCACUCUGAGUGGGUGUUAAGUCAUCCUGAAGGGUGGUAUAUAAAUCGAAUAUUAUUAUUAAAUGGAAAGUGUGCUGGCAAAAAUUUAGACAUCAAAGAGGAAACUGAACAAGGUUUCCUGUAGCUUCUUGACUGUUCCUCCAAAUGAAAUUCAAGAAAAAUUACACAUUUCGCAAGUCAAAGAGCUCGUGCCUUGGAAAUCUAGUUGGCCUUUCAGGUGCUAUUGGACCCAGAUUUUGCUCUUAUAUACAUUUACUGUUUAAUUUUUGCAGCUGGCAAAUUUUGAUUCCUCUGUGCAAAGUUUAGAUUGUG